AUGAAGCGAAGUGCUCCUCCAUCAACUGAAGAACGGCCUACGAAGAGGGCACACAUCUCCUCGAAGGGAACUUCUCUAUCUCAUCUAUCGGACGAAGUGAUUCUUCAUAUUCUAGCACAUCUGGAUGCCACCUCACUUGCUCAAGUCCAGCUGGUGAACACGCACUGUCUACGGAUAGCCAGGGAUAACCAACUAUGGAAAUCUCUUUUCUUGAGGGAUCACCCUCCAUCACAUCUCAGAAGCCUCUCCAGACCAGCAAAGGACAGUCACCAUCCCCACCCUCCGCUAGACUGGCGAUGGGUCUACCGGUUGUCGCAAAACUGGGCCACAGGCUUCACUCGUUCUUCUUCCCUUACAUUCGUCUCACUCCAACAUUCUGUGGUUCCACACCCUCAUUCCGUGAGCGAUGGAAUCAAGACCCUCCCGUUUGCACAAAGCCGCCUCCAGCUCCUGGGACCGUACAUCGCCCUCUCUCACCGUUCUUCACCUACCGCUCGUAUUCUCCUUCUACCCACUCAGGGCACUCCUAUACGUCUCGUGGGGGAGAUACAACUGUUCUCCGGUUCAGAUGAGGGACCUGGGACGUGUUUGGUACCUGAUACGGCAACUGGAGAGGGAGUCGCCGAGUGGAGGUUCGCCGCCUUCUCUCAGCGAGGAUCCAUCGCCGUAUUCUCCCUCCCUCUUCAUCCCCCGAGCGAUGGUGCCUCAAGCAUAGGGAUCAAAACGCACAGCUGGAUUCCACCGGGCGGCGUAGCGCGACAAAUCAAGACAGCCGUAUUCCACUCCCAGCUGCUCGUGACCCUCAGCAGCAACUUCACCCUACAUCUCUAUCAUGUUCCUCCCUCUGCCGUAUCCGGAACAAGGGAGGUGCAGCAGCUGAAUCUCGUCCAUUCUCUGUACAGUUUCUCCUCCUUUCCCCCCGCGGCACUUUCUCUCUCCUCUGCACAAAGAAGCAAGAAUCCGCCGCAGAAAUUGCCGGAAGAGAAGUUCAAGUUGACGCUACAUCAUCUUCUACCCGCUUAUCCUGCCCACUGGGUACCAACUUCACACCAGUUCCUUAUCACCCUUCCUUCUCUUCCUUCUCACAGCAUGGCCAGCAACUCCGUACUCUCUCCCAGCGCAAACAGGUCACAACCGCCCAAAGGGGACAUCGUCCCCUCCCAGAGCUGGACAGUCAGCAACUGGCUACCCAGCGCCCUCCCAGAAGACAGUCCUGUAGGCUCAGAUGAAGACGGGACUGGGCCCGGGGACGAGGUUGGGAAAGAGACGAGGGUGAGAAAAUUGAGAGGUGUGGGAGGUGUGGCGGGAGAUGGGAAGGUUGUGGCGGUCCUUGGGGAUGGCGCUGUGAAUGUUUACCGUCUCCCACCCCGCUCAGUCCACCUUCUCCACGCAAGCUCCCUCCCACUUCCCAUCCCCCUCCAACCUCCUUCUGCGACCACCAAUUCCACAUCGACUCGGGCCAUACCUCAGGCACUAACAGUCCAUGCCCAGACUGGACGAUGUAUCGUCGCUACCGAGAGUGGGGUAGUGGUGUACGAUCUCAGCGUUGGAGGGAAGAGAGGGAGGAGGGAGGGAGUCAUGCUUCCGUUGCCUUCUGGGGGCGUGCACGACACGAAGCUGGGAGAAGGUUCAGCCGCUAGCAGUAGCAAGGGUCAGAGUAGAAGAGGGACGGUGUGCGAAGUGCGAACGGACCAAUCUAGGAUCGUUGGACUCUGGGAGCCGAACGCUGGGGAAAGCGGCGAGGAGAGCGUGAUGGUUUGGGAUUUUGAUUGUUGA